GUGCCUGGAUAGAGGCGUGUCCAGGAGUCCGAGGCUCCCCGUGGGAGGGGCGGCGGGCGGGGGCUUCGGCCUGUGUGCGCUGCAGCACGUGCCCCAGGCGGCGGGGAUGGGCACGGGCGCAGCUCGGAGGCUUCGAGCUGCUGCCGCCUCAGUGGCGACCUCUCCAGGCCGGGCCGGGCGCGGCACUCGAGGCAAGCGCGGCAAGCUCCGACGCUCUCCAAGGGCUCCUGCGCCCCCCGGGGCAGCCGGGCGGGGUAAUGCCCUCGGUGAUGGAGAAGCCCAAUGCGGGCUCCGGGAUCCUGUCCCGAAGUCGGGCCAAGACGGCACCCAACGGCGGACAGCCGCACUCGGAGGAUGACAGCAGCGAGGAGGAGCACUCGCACGACAGCAUGAUCCGUGUUGGAACCAAUUACCAAGCAGUAAUUCCGGAGUGCAAGCCUGAGAGCCCAGCGCGCUAUAGUAACAAGGAGUUGAAGGGGAUGUUGGUGUGGUCACCCAACCACUGUGUAUCGGAUGCCAAACUUGACAAGUACAUUGCCAUGGCCAAGGAGAAGCAUGGCUACAACAUUGAGCAGGCACUCGGCAUGCUUCUGUGGCAUAAACAUGAUGUGGAGAAAUCUCUGGCUGAUCUAGCCAACUUCACUCCUUUCCCCGAUGAGUGGACAGUAGAGGACAAGGUGCUGUUUGAGCAGGCCUUUGGUUUCCAUGGCAAGUGUUUCCAGAGGAUCCAGCAGAUGCUACCUGACAAGCUGAUUCCCAGCCUGGUGAAGUAUUACUACUCUUGGAAGAAGACCCGAAGUCGAACUAGUGUGAUGGACAGACAGGCCAGGCGGCUGGGUGGCCGAAAGGACAAAGAAGACAGUGAUGAGCUUGAAGAGGGACGAGGAGCUGUGAGUGAGGGAGAGCCAGACCCUGGAGACCCCAAGCGAGAGCCUCUGCCAUCUCGACCUCUGAAUGCCCGGCCUGGUCCUGGGAAGAAGGAGAUUCAGGUGUCUCAGUACCGCCAUCACCCACUACGAACUCGGAGACGCCCACCCAAGGGCAUGUACCUGAGCCCUGAAGGCCUCACUGCAGUAUCAGGGAGCCCAGACCUUGCUAGCCUCACGCUCCGAGGUCUCGACUCACAGCUCAUCUCUCUUAAGCGCCAGGUUCAGAGCAUGAAGCAGACCAAUAGCAGCCUCCGCCAAGCACUAGAGGGUGGCAUUGACCCUCUUCGCCCCCCUGAGGCCAAUACUAAGUUCAACUCCCGCUGGACCACAGAUGAGCAACUUCUGGCUGUACAAGCUAUUCGUAGAUAUGGCAAAGACUUUGGCGCUAUUGCAGAGGUGAUUGGGAACAAGACUCUGACCCAGGUGAAGACCUUCUUUGUGAGUUACCGCCGACGCUUCAACCUAGAGGAGGUGUUGCAGGAAUGGGAGGCUGAGCAGGACGGGGCCCCUGCAGCUCCAGUCCCCAUGGAAGAGGCCAAGCGAGGGGCUCCUGUGCCAGCCCCAGCCCUAGAAGAUGAUGAUGAGGUCCAGAUUACAUCUGUCUCCACAUCAGUACCCCGAUCAGUACCCCCUGCACCACCCCCGCCUCCACCCCCCACCUCGCUUUCCCAGCCACCUCCACUGCUGAGGCCCCCUCUGCCCACAGCUCCCACACUGCUCCGCCAGCCACCUCCCCUGCAACAGGGCCGCUUCCUGCAGCCUCGGCUGGCCCCCAACCAGCCCCCACCACCUCUCAUCCGCCCUGCCCUGGCUGCCUCUCGCCACAGUGCCCGCCCUGGUCCACAGCCUCCACCUACCCUGGUUGGAGCCCCCUUGGAGCCCCCUGCACCCUCAAUUUGAGCCCUGGAUCCUUCACUGCCCAGAGGCUCCUGAUCUUUAGCAUCACUAAGGACAGACGGGACUAGGGCCUUUGCCAGGUCUUUCAAAGACCCAGAGCUGCCAUUUGGCACAGCUUGGACCUGUGGGUUCUGCAUGUGUUCUUGGCAGCUGAGCUUGUCAACCCCCAGCCAGGGGCUAGAGCUCUCAAGGCCUGUAGGGACUGAUUCCUGGCUGUGACUGGAAUGGCUGCCUCCUUGCCUGCCUGCCUGCCUGCCUGCCUGUCUGCCUGCCAAGGGCUUGGCCUCUGGGCCUACCUUUGGGUGGGGGUAGUGACUUUAGU